UCCGCUUCAUCCAUUGUUGGGCAAUAGUCUGCGACAUCGACACAAUCUUAACCGAAACUUUUCAGGUAACUAACGGCUGGUGAUCAUUUUUAGACACACUUGUAUUUACUUUUCGAUAUACUUUCGAAGGGGAUGUGCCUUGUAAGGUCGGCAGUUGGGAGCACAACUAAACUGAGUCAGUGAGGGGAGGAAAAGGGAGGAAAACUUUUGAGGCAAGGAAUUCCGUAAUUCUCAUUCCUCCAUUUUGAACUUUUAAACUCCAGUUUUUCUAGUGGACCGUUGUCGAAUUUCAGACACCAUGACAAACAUCAACACAGCUAACAUCAAUUUUAAAUGGGACCCAAAGAGUCUAGAGAUCCGUACUUUGGCAGUGGAGAGGCUGCUGGAGCCCCUGGUCACUCAGGUCACUACUUUGGUAAACUCCAGCAACAAAGGCCCAUCUAACAAGAAGAAGGGACGCUCCAAGAAGGCUCAUGUUUUGGCUGCAUCGGUAGAGACGGCUACCCAGAACUUCCUGGAGAAAGGAGAAAAGAUUGCAAAGGAAAGUCAGUUCCUGAAGGAUGAGCUAACUGCUGCUGUGGAAGAUGUCCGCAAGCAAGGUGAUUCAAUGCGCCAGGCUUCUGGAGAAUUUGCAGAAGACCCCUGCUCUUCUGUGAAGCGGGGCAAUAUGGUUCGUGCUGCCAGAGCCCUGCUGUCGGCGGUCACACAUCUGUUGGUGCUGGCAGACAUGUCUGAUGUCUACAAACUUCUAGUGCAGCUUAAACUGGUGGAAGACAAUCUGGUGAAAGUGCGCAAUGCAGGAACAGAGCAGGACCUGGGGAUCCAAUAUAAGGCAUUGAAACCAGAGGUGGACAAGCUGAACAUCAUGGCUGCGAAGAGACAGCAGGAACUAAAGGAUGUCCACCACAAGGACCAAAUGGCUGCUGCUCGCGGGGUUCUACAGAGGAACAUCCCCAUGCUGUACACAGCGUCCCGUGCCUGCCUGCAGCACCCUGACGUGGCAGCCUACAAGGCUAACCGUGACCUGAUCUACAAGCAGCUGCAGCAUGCAGUCUCUGGCAUCUCCAACGCCGCCCAGGCCACUGCCACUGAAGACUCAGCACUCAGUCAGCCAGCAGGAGGAGGAGAGCUCGCCUAUGCCCUCAACAAUUUUGAUAAACAAAUCAUUGUGGACCCUCUGGCGUUUAGCGAGGAGCGUUUCCGUCCCUCCCUGGAGGAGCGCCUUGAGAGCAUUAUCAGUGGUGCUGCCCUCAUGGCUGACUCCUCUUGCACACGUGAUGACCGCAGGGAGCGCAUUGUGGCCGAAUGCAAUUCUGUGCGCCAGGCUCUUCAGGACCUUCUUUCUGAGUAUAUGGGCAAUGCAGGAAGAAAGGACAGGAGUGAUGCUCUGAACACAGCCAUCGAUAGGAUGACAAAGAAAACCAGAGAUCUUCGCAGACAGCUGCGUAAAGCUGUAAUGGACCAUGUCUCUGACUCAUUCCUGGAGACCAAUGUUCCCCUCUUGGUCCUGAUUGAAGCUGCAAAGAAUGGCAACGAGAAAGAAGUCAAGGAGUAUGCACAGGUGUUCCGUGAGCAUGCCAACAAGCUGAUCGAGGUGGCCAACCUGGCAUGCUCCAUCUCCAACAAUGAGGAGGGAGUGAAGCUGGUCCGCAUGGCAGCAUCUCAACUGGAAACUCUCUGCCCACAGGUGAUUAAUGCAGCGUUAGCCCUUGCUGCCAAGCCCAACAGUAAAGUGGCCCAGGACAAUAUGGAUUUGUUCAAGGAGCAGUGGGAGAAGCAGGUCCGCGUCCUCACUGAUGCUGUUGAUGACAUAACAUCCAUUGAUGACUUCCUUUGUGUCUCUGAGAACCACAUCUUGGAGGAUGUGAAUAAGUGUGUCAUCGCUCUGCAGGAGAAAGAUGUUGAUGGUUUGGAUCGCACUGCUGGGGCUAUUCGAGGCCGAGCUGCCAGAGUUGUCCAUGUGGUCACUUCUGAAAUGGACAAUUAUGAACCUGGAGUUUACACAGAGAAGGUUUUGGAGGCUACCAAGCUACUGACUGACACAGUCAUGCCACGGUUCACAGAGCAAGUGGAGUCUGCGGUGGAGGCCUUGAGUGCAAACCCCUCACAACCUGUGGAUGAGAAUGAGUUCAUUGACGCAUCCCGUCUUGUAUAUGAUGGCAUUCGUGACAUUCGCAAGGCUGUCCUCAUGAUCAGAACUCCAGAGGAGUUGGAUGACUCUGACUUUGAGACUGAGGACUUUGAUGUUCGCAGCAGGACCAGUGUGCAGACAGAGGAUGACCAGCUUAUUGCUGGCCAGAGUGCACGGGCUAUCAUGGCCCAGUUGCCCCAGGAGCAGAAGGCGAAGAUUGCUGAACAGGUGGCUAGCUUCCAGGAAGAGAAGAGCAAGCUGGAUGCUGAGGUAUCCAAGUGGGAUGACAGCGGCAAUGACAUCAUUGUGUUGGCUAAGCAGAUGUGCAUGAUCAUGAUGGAGAUGACAGACUUCACCAGGGGGAAAGGGCCGUUGAAGAAUACGUCUGAUGUCAUCAGCGCUGCCAAGAAAAUUGCAGAGGCAGGAUCAAGAAUGGACAAGCUGGGCCGCACCAUCGCGGACAAUUGCCCCGACUCAGCCUGUAAGCAGGAUCUGCUUGCCUACCUGCAGCGUAUUGCCUUGUAUUGCCACCAGCUCAACAUCUGCAGCAAAGUCAAGGCUGAGGUUCAGAACCUGGGAGGAGAGCUGGUUGUCUCAGGGUUGGACAGCGCAAUGUCCCUCAUUCAGGCUGCAAAGAACCUGAUGAACACAGUGGUGUCCACCGUCAAGGCCUCCUAUGUUGCAUCCACUAAGUACCAGAAGAGCAAAGGCAUGGAGUCCCUCAAUAUGCCAGCUAUCUCCUGGAGGAUGAAAGCUCCUGAGAAGAAACCUCUGGUGAAAAGAGAGAAGCAGGAUGACGGCCAAACCAACAGAGUCAAGAGAUCCUCUCACAAGAAACAUAUCAACCCUGUGCAGGCUCUGAGCGAGUUUAAAGCCAUGGAUAGCAUCUAGACUUUUGAUUCAACAGAACACAAAAAAAUGACCAAUGAGUUUAUAUGUAGGUUGAGCUUGUCAUUCUAUCAAAAAGAAAAUGUUUUAACAUAUUUGUUCUAUCUUUGCAUAGACAGCUUGUUUGUUUGACCCAUUAUAUUCCUACACUGCCUCAUUUCUAUUCCAUGAGUUCAGAUGUGUUCUAGUCUGUACCAUUAACUGUCUCUUACCUGGAAAAUACAGUUAGAGGGAAAUCAACUGGACAAAGGCAUUUUUUUUAUAUUUUUCCAUUUUUCUUUCAUCUUUAUGGGAAGGAAGGAAGGAAGGGGAUUUCAUAGAUAUUAUGAGAAUUAAUUUCAAGAGGCUUUUGAUUAUUUUGUAUUCUAACCAGUUUUAUAGUAAUACUGUGGGGAUUGUGGUGAUUUACACUAUAAUGUUUGAUUAUGGCAAAAUACCUUCUGUACUGCUAAUAUCAACUAUGCAAAAUCUCAACUGCCUUAUUUUAACUCAAGCAAUAAUUGUAGUUCAUUUGGAUGUGCUGGGCUAACUGCUAACAUUUAGAUAUGUUUUGGUUCAGCCUUUAAAAAAAAAAAAGUCAAUAUAUUUCCAUGUGUGCCUGCUCACUGCUUUUCUAACUG